AUGGCCGGGGCACCCGUCAGCACUCCGCUCGUGGGCGGCAAGGCAGCAAUCAUUCUCUUCGUCGCGACCCUCGUCGGUUUCGUGCUCGAAUCGCAAUUGAGCCAGUAUGUUCAGACCACCCUGACCUACCGGCAUCCUUUCUUCCUCUUCUACAUAGUCCACUCUGCGUUCGCUUUAAUACUCCCAUUGCAUGUAGCAUUUUUGCUGGGAUCAAAUCAAGGAUACACCAUACAAGAUAUCACACAGAAUCUGGCUAGUGCGCUCAGUCGACAUAUGCUGCCCAGUAAGGCUCCUACCCGUCGACCGCCUACUGUCCCUGUCGCCAGAUUUGGCAUUUUUGUCUUUGUGCUUACGAUGGCGGUUACGACACCGGGCAUACUGUGGUUCGCCGCCGUAUCUAUGGCACCAUUGAGCGAUGUCACUGCCAUAUGGAAUGCGAACGCUUUCUUUGCAUACGUGUUCAGCGUGAAGAUAUUUAAACUGAAAUGGGAGAGCCGGAAACUCGCCGCCGUCGUACUGGCUACCCUGGGUGUGCUCGCUGUGGUAUAUGGUGGCUCAGUCAUCGAGACACCAGGUGAAGAGGCAGCUGGUAGCGAAGCCCAAUUCUCGCUGAAAUACAAGCCGUCCGCACCUCUGGUUGGCGAUCUGCUCACCCUGUGCGCGAGCGUCGGAUAUGGCCUUUACCAACCAUUAUACAAGAAACACGCUACCCUCCCUUCUGACCCGGAUGAAGUCAUACCACCAGCCGUGCAUUACUCCGCAUUGCCAGACGCAGAUACGGACGGCGAUGAGCAACCGGCUAGACCGAUCGAGGACGCCACCGAUCCAUUGCCGUUCGGCCUGUAUGCCAACCUGCUUACCUGUGCCAUUGGCUUAUGCACGUUCCUGGUGCUUUGGAUCCCGCUCCCGUUUUUGCAUUGGACGGGCAUCGAAGAGUUUGCUCUGCCAGCAAAUAUGCUCACCGUCUUCUCGAUCGCUGGUAUCGCGGUGAGCGGUAUGGUGUUUAAUGCGGGCUUCAUGAUUUUGUUAGGCGUUUGGGGACCCAUAGUAGUAUCCGUGGGAUACCUCUUGGUUAUCGUGCUUGUUUUCCUGUCGGACAUGGUAUUCGGGGAUGCGUGGCAGACUGUGACGCUCUGGAGCAUAUCUGGAGCUGCUGCUAUUGUCGUUGCGUUUGGUGUCCUCGCCGUAGACAUGCUAAAGUCAACUUAG